AUGGAGAAGCAGGUCCAGCUCGCCACAAGUCUUCUCCCCGACAACCGGAACGACUAUGCCCUAAGCAUAUUUAGAACCAGUAAGCAAGUUUACGAGGAAUCAUCGAAGAUCUUCUUCGAGCAAGCAGUAUUUACCUUCGCCGCGCAAGUUUCGGGACCUAAACUGCCGAUGCGGUUUCUCAACAGCCCCCAGUCGGUCUUCAAGCCACGUAUAAGGCUAAUACGAUCUCUGGACCUGAUUGUAUUUUGCGAAUCCUCGAGGAGUACUCUACUGUCAAGCCCCAUACUUGAAUGGAAUCGACUCCUCGACUUGCUGAGAUCGCUACCCAAUUUGCGUUACUUGAGCCUCGACGUCCGCGACCACGCCAACAAUAUCCCCGUCCACGGACAACCCAGCAUCGAGAAAGAUCUGUUGAACAUUGACGUCGGUAGCAUACCUGUCUGCCAGUUGGACGAGGUAAAGUUACGAUUCGAAGCCUUGGAAGCGGUUAGAGAAUGCUGGCCUCGCUACUAUCACCCUAUCACUACCGACAACUUCUACUCCGCCAUCGCGGCUUGGAUGAACGCUCUCGCAGACGCAUUACUCAAGAGCAGCUCGAGAAUGCGGCCAGAGUGCACCAUCAGUCACGCGGUUCUCAGUUUUAACGCCUAUGAUCGCGCGUUACAAGCCUGGAAUAGUAGGAUCCACCAUACGUAUGUGGCAGCUUGUCAUGUCAAAGCUAACGGACGAUCCAUGCUCACCCGGUCUGACAUGUUCAAUGCAAGAACUGAGUCUUGGCUCGCCAUGUCUAUGUGGGUGGGCAAGUAUCAGCAUAUCGAUUUCCUAGAUGAGCUGGCCGAGCCGACGGAGGAUUUCGCGGACUUUGCAUAUCGGAGAGCGAUCAAGACUACCCCAGCACUCGACCUCAGAGACAAGGGCCCUCCGCCCGUGUAUGGCUUCCCUAAAGGCAAGUACGUCGACGGCAAUGGCCGCGUUGAGCAAGAGGAGGACGCUGCGGCUCAGCCUUGGUGGGAAUAUAUGACACCUAAAAAUGAAGAGUAUAAGUAGCGGUUGUUAAAGCCCGCUCUGCGCCAGGAUCGCUAUCAUGAGCCGAAGCCGAAGCCAAAGCCGAAGCCAAAGCGUUGGCAUGAGACAAGAAAAGGGCGCACGACGAAAUGUUGGGCUCCAUCAGCGACGAAUACCUCCGGCCGGACGACUCAAGUUUUGAGGUAGCUCAAUCUGCUAUAUACUCACUCAUCGUUACAUCACCUCCUCAAUUGCUAAGGCCUCACGAAGGAAUUCACACGGUAUAUUCAGCAUGUCAGGUACCGACUUUUUCUAAAAACGCAAUCUACACUUCUGUCAUAUAUGCAUCGCCUUCAGACGUUUUCGCUACAAGAUCGCCAAACAGCGGGCUCUUGGUCCAAACUCUGUCCAUACGCCGUGCGACACUGUGAGGUACUCCCUCAUGCUUAUACCAACCACUUUUUUUGGAUCAAAGAUGUCAAUGCUAUCAAUGUAAUCAAUGCUCCCAAUACUCCCAAU